AUGCGCUGGUGGAGGGGCAAGGACGACGCAACGGAUUUGUCCACGAGCAACGCGUCGGCUGAGCCAGCAGUCGUGGAAACAGAGCGAAAGACGAGAUCUGGCUAUUCGCUGACCAACUUCAUUGAUGAUCUGAAGGUGAUCCACCGAGUCACGGGCCAGGAGGGCGCUGGGCUUACAUUCAUCUUCACCGACAAUGACAUCAAAGAAGACAGCUUUCUGGAAUACGUAAAUAACAUGCUGGUCUCUGGCAUGGUAAGUGAAUGA